UACAGCGACAAAGGUGUGAAGCCCGAGAGAGGCCGCUUCCUGCACUUUCACUCGGUCACCUUCUGGGUCGGCAAUGCCAAACAGGCCGCAUCAUUCUACUGCAACAAGAUGGGCUUCGAACCGCUGGCCUACAAGGGCCUAGAGACGGGCUCCCGUGAGGUGGUCAGCCACGUGGUCAAACAUGGGAAGAUCCUGUUUGUCUUUGCCUCAGCCCUCAACCCCUGGAACAAAGAGAUGGGCGACCACCUGGUGAAACACGGUGACGGAGUGAAGGAUAUUGCAUUUGAGGUGGAAGACUGUGACUACAUCGUGCAGAAAGCCCGGGAACGGGGUGCCAAGAUCGUGCGGGAGCCCUGGGUGGAGCAGGAUAAGGAUGGGAAGGUGAAGUUUGCUGUGCUACAGACGUAUGGGGACACCACACACACCAUGGUGGAAAAGAUGAACUACACUGGCCGCUUCCUGCCUGGAUAUGAGGCCCCCAGAUUCGUGGACCCCCUACUUUCCAAGCUGCCCAAAUGCAAUCUUGAGAAUAUCGACCACAUUGUGGGGAACCAGCCGGACCAGGAGAUGGUGUCUGCCUCCGAGUGGUACCUGAAGAACCUCCAGUUCCACCGUUUCUGGUCCGUGGACGACACGCAGGUGCACACCGAAUACAGUUCUCUGCGCUCCAUUGUGGUGGCCAAUUACGAGGAGUCCAUCAAGAUGCCCAUCAACGAGCCGGCGCCUGGCAAGAAGAAGUCCCAGAUCCAGGAAUACGUAGACUAUAACGGGGGUGCUGGAGUCCAGCACAUCGCUCUCAGGACCCAAGACAUCAUCACGGCGAUUCGCCACCUGAAAGAGCGAGGCAUGGAGUUCUUGGCUGUCCCAUCCACGUACUACAAACAACUACGAGAGAGGCUCAAGUCAGCCAAGGUCCGGGUGAAGGAGAGCAUUGACGUCCUGGAGGAGCUGAAAAUCCUGGUGGACUACGACGAGAAGGGUUACCUGCUGCAGAUCUUCUCCAAGCCGGUGCAGGACAGGCCCACCCUCUUCCUGGAGGUCAUCCAGCGCAACAACCACCAGGGUUUCGGGGCCGGCAACUUCAACUCACUGUUCAAGGCCUUCGAAGAGGAGCAGAACCUGCGGGGAAACCUCACGGACCUCGAGACCAACGGGUUCGCGCCCGGCAUGUAG